AUGGCCUUUCACGAAGACCCAAAGGAGCCUGGAAGGGAGGCCGACAUUAUAACAACGCAGCAAAGCCACCCAUUCUCUGCCGUCCAGGAUGAGAAUGAAAGGGGAGCGUCUCCAACCGAAAGCAGCCCUCGGGAGACACACUCUCGGGAUUCCGACAAUGACGCCAGUACGUUUCCUUCAGCAUUGAGUCGCGCCAACACAUACGAUGAAGAUGGCGAGGUCAUGGAGCAGGACGACAGGACGGAGCUCAAACGUAUUGCAACGGCCCUCUCUCGUCGCCAGUCUCACGUUGCUGCUCCGUCUCGUCAACAGUCGGUGGGACUUGGUACGCUCGACGAGUAUGACGCCACUCUCGACCCUGACCGGCGCGAAUUCGAUCUUUCGAAAUGGCUGCUUCGAUUCAUACGCGAACUUGGCGAAAAGGGUCUCGCAGAGCGUCAAAUCGGUGUCUCAUUCCGCAACCUCGACGUGUUCGGUACCGGCAGUGCGAUCCAGCUUCAAGAAACUGUGGGCUCCGUUCUCACUUCACCUCUCAGAAUUGGAGAAUUCUUCACCUUCGGCAAAAAGGAGCCAAAACAGAUUCUUCACAGUUUCAACGGGCUGGUGAAAAGCGGAGAGCUCUUGGUCGUGCUUGGCCGCCCGGGCUCUGGCUGCAGCACGCUCCUCAAGUCCAUUUGCGGCGAGCUGCAAGGCCUCAACCUUGGUGAAAGUUCAAACAUAAGCUACAAUGGUAUCCCGCAGAAGCAGAUGAAGAAGGAAUUCAGAGGUGAAGCCAUCUAUAACCAAGAGGUCGACAAACACUUUCCUCACCUCACAGUCGGCCAAACUCUUGAAUUCGCGGCUUCAGUUCGAACACCAUCCCACCGUGUCCACGACAUGCCUCGCAGCGAAUACUGUCGCUACAUCGCCAAGGUCGUCAUGGCAGUGUUCGGCCUUACCCACACGUACAACACCAAAGUCGGCGACGACUUUAUUCGCGGAGUGUCAGGAGGCGAAAGAAAGCGUGUGAGCAUCGCCGAAAUGGUCCUGGCCGGCUCGCCAUUUUCUUCCUGGGACAACAGUACUCGAGGUCUCGACUCUGCAACAGCUUUCAAGUUCGUCAAAGCGCUCCGAACGUCCGCCGAUCUGGGCAACCACGCAAAUGCCGUUGCCAUUUACCAGGCCAGUCAAGCCAUCUACGAUCUUUUCGACAAGGCGACAGUUCUAUAUGAGGGCCGUCAGAUCUACUUUGGACCGGCAGACAAAGCAAAGGCAUACUUCGAGAGGCAGGGUUGGUACUGCCCCCCGCGCCAAACAACCGGUGACUUCUUGACUUCAGUUACCAAUCCCGUGGAGCGCCAGCCUCGCCCGGGAAUGGAGUUAAAGGUGCCUCGGACUCCGCAAGAUUUCGAACGAAUGUGGCUGCAGUCUCCUGAAUUCGAGGCUCUGCAGAAAGAUCUCGAUCAAUACGAGGAAGAAUUCGGCGGUGAGCGCCAGGAAGAGAAUCUCGCGCGUUUCCGCCAGCAGAAGAAUUUCCGGCAGGCCAAGAACAUGAGGCCCAAGUCUCCAUACAUCAUCAGCAUCCCCAUGCAGAUCAGGUUCAACACAAAACGUGCCUACCAGCGCAUAUGGAAUAACAAAUCGGCAACGAUGGCAUCCACAGUGGUUCAGAUCGUCAUGGCUCUUAUUAUUGGUUCCAUCUUCUACGGCACUCCCAACACAACAGAUGGCUUCUACGCCAAAGGCUCGGUCUUGUUCGUAGCCAUUCUUCUCAAUGCAUUGACUGCGAUAUCCGAGAUCAACAAUCUGUAUGCGCAACGGCCCAUUGUCGAGAAGCAUGCCUCGUACGCCUUUUACCAUCCAGCCACCGAGGCCGCCGCGGGCAUCGCUGCCGAUAUCCCCAUCAAGUUCAUAACGUCGACAGUUUUCAAUAUCAUCCUCUAUUUCAUGGCUGGCCUGAGAAGAGAACCUUCACAGUUCUUCAUCUACUAUCUCAUCGGCUACAUAUCCAUUUUCGUCAUGAGUGCCAUAUUCAGGACAAUGGCCGCAAUUACCAGGACAGUCUCUCAGGCCAUGUCGCUCGCUGGAAUCUUGGUUCUUGCCCUUGUCAUUUAUACUGGCUUCACCAUCACCGUGCCAUCCAUGCACCCCUGGUUUAGCUGGAUAAGGUGGAUCAAUCCCAUUUUCUACGCUUUCGAGAUCCUCGUCGCCAACGAGUUCCACGGUCAAGACUUCCCUUGCGGUGGCAGCUUUGUGCCUCCGUAUAGCCCGAGUGUUGGCAAUUCUUGGAUCUGUCCAGUCCCGGGCGCUGUUCCUGGUAACGUUACUGUCAGCGGCGAUGCCUUUAUUGCCACCAACUACGAGUAUUAUUACUCCCAUGUUUGGCGAAAUUUUGGUAUCUUGCUGGGCUUUCUCAUCUUCUUCAUGGCGAUCUAUUUCAUUGCGACGGAGUUGAACUCAUCGACAACAAGUACCGCCGAGGCCCUUGUGUACCGACGCGGUCAUGUUCCUACCCAUAUUUUGAAGGGCGAAAGCGGUCCGGCCAGGACAGCAGACGGGACUGACGAGAAAGGCUUACAUGGAAAUUCCAACACCAGCUCCAAUGUGAAAGGACUUGAGCCUCAGCGGGACAUAUUCACCUGGCGAAACGUUGUUUACGAUAUCAAGAUCAAAGGCGAAGACCGCCGGCUUCUGGAUCAUGUCUCUGGCUGGGUCAAGCCGGGCACAUUGACCGCGCUGAUGGGUGUCAGUGGUGCAGGAAAGACGACCCUUUUGGACGUGUUGGCCCAGCGAACCACCAUGGGCGUCAUUACGGGCGACAUGCUUGUGAACGGUAGGCCACGAGACCUCAGCUUUCAGAGGAAGACAGGCUAUGUCCAGCAGCAAGAUUUACAUCUCGAAACCGCCACCGUCCGCGAGAGCUUGCGAUUCAGUGCCAUGCUGCGCCAACCCAAGUCGGUCAGCAAGGAAGAGAAAUAUGCCUUCGUGGAAGAAGUCAUCAAGAUGCUCAACAUGGAAGAAUUUGCCAAUGCAGUUGUCGGUGUUCCCGGCGAAGGUCUGAACGUUGAACAGCGAAAGCUUCUUACCAUCGGAGUCGAGCUGGCAGCCAAGCCCAAGCUACUCCUUUUCCUCGACGAGCCAACCAGCGGCCUCGAUUCUCAGAGCUCGUGGGCUAUUUGCUCGUUUCUUCGCAAGCUUGCCGAUUCUGGCCAGGCAAUCCUAUGCACCGUUCAUCAGCCAAGUGCUAUUCUCUUCCAGACAUUUGACCGCCUGCUCUUCCUGGCAAAGGGCGGAAAGACGGUGUACUUUGGCAACAUUGGUGACAACUCUCAUACGCUUCUGGACUACUUUGAGGAGCAUGGAGCUAGAAGAUGUGGCGAUGAGGAGAACCCAGCCGAGUACAUGCUAGAAAUUGUCAACAACGGUGUCAACGACAAGGGAGAGGACUGGCACUCGGUAUGGAAAGCAAGCUCGGAAUAUCAGGACGUCCAAAGAGAGCUCGAUCGUCUUCACGAGGAAAGGCUAGCCGAGAGCCCUGGUUCGGAAGACGAUGCUUCCCACUCAGAGUUUGCUACACCUUUUGCAACCCAGCUCUGGGAGGUCACGUAUCGCAUCUUCCAGCAGUAUUGGCGCUUGCCCAGUUACAUAUUUGCCAAGUUCAUGCUAGGCACUGCUGCUGGAUUGUUUAUCGGCUUUUCAUUCUUCGACGCCAAUUCGUCAUUGGCGGGCAUGCAGAACGUCAUCUUUUCCGUAUUCAUGGUGACGACCAUCUUCUCUACCAUUGUGCAGCAGAUCCAACCUCUUUUUGUCACCCAAAGAUCCCUUUACGAAGUCCGUGAACGCCCAAGCAAAGCUUACUCGUGGAAAGCCUUCAUCCUUGCCAACGUCUUCGUCGAGAUUCCUUAUCAGAUCAUCAUGGGCAUCCUCGUCUUUGCCUGCUUCUACUACCCCGUUGUCGGCAUCCAGAGCUCUAUCCGACAGAUUCUUGUUCUGCUCUUCAUCAUCCAGCUCUUCAUCUUUGCAAGCUCGUUUGCCCACAUGAUCAUUGUCGCCAUGCCAGACGCACAGACAGCCUCCAGCAUUGUGACUUUCUUGGUGCUGAUGAGCACUCUCUUCAACGGAGUUUUGCAGACACCCAGUGCACUACCGGGUUUCUGGAUAUUCAUGUGGCGAGUUUCAGUAUUCACCUACUGGGUCGCAGGUAUUGUUGCGACAGAGCUUCACGGGCGACCAAUUGUGUGUUCCGAGAGCGAGCUGUCCAUCUUCAAUCCACCCAGCGGCCAGACCUGUGGCGAGUACCUGGCGCCGUUCCUCCAACAAGCACCAGGACAGCUGCAGAAUCCCUCGUCGACCGACCAAUGCCGCUAUUGUCAGCUCAGCAACGCAGACCAGUAUCUUGCCGGCUCAGAGAUCUUUUGGGCAGACCGAUGGCGCAACUACGGAAUUGUUUGGGCGUACAUUGUCUUCAACAUCUGCACUGCGAUUACCCUAUAUUAUCUCUUCCGGGUCAGGAAAUGGAAUACCAGCAGCUUCAACAUCCGUUUCCCGUGGGGAAAGAAGGCUGCAAAGCAGUGAGUUUGAAAGAACCAAACGCAAGUUGGUGCUUGAAUUGCAGUAUUGAGCACCCUCUUCCCUCCAUACCUCUAUCUCUAUCCAUAUGGCUCUAGCAACAAAGUCAUUUGUAUCUUGCAUUCGUCGAGUCUGAGCCACAGGCUGCACUGGCGGCGUCAACUCGGGGAGCUUUGCUCCAUUUUCCUCCACGUAUAGAUUUUUCAUAGCCGUCUUAGAAUCCUGCCGGGACUUACUCAGUCCUUGGCUCCAAUACUACGACAUUGACUCGUAA